AUUAGUUGUCAAUAAACGGCAGGGGAAAUCCAGUUUACUUUUGAACUCCGAUUGGGCAUGAUUUUUGGAUAAAAAUUUCAGCAAAAUUCAAAUCGUUCAAGCACAAUGGAUGUGAAGCAGCAGUUGCAGCCGCAGGAUGUGAAUAAGCACCGCGGCGAGGUCACCACGAGCAGCAAGGACUUCGAGCUGGAGGAGCACAUCGAGGACUUAAACCGAAACUCCAGCUUGACCACCGUGUGCAGCACAUUUCCAUUGACCUCAAGGAUCGAAAGCUACCAUCACUGGCAGCCGAUAGACGUCGCUAUUGGGCAGGCGGGCCUCUUGGGACGCGAAUUGGAAAUGGAUAGUGAGCGAAUUGUCCAGCCAGCCAUGUCCAUUCCAGUCGCCCUGAAUGCCAUACAUCCUUGACGACAAACGUAAUAAAUUUCACUUAUUGCCUAA